AUGAACGACUUCAGCGUGCAUAGGAUAAUAGGAAGGGGCGGGUUCGGGGAAGUAUACGGCUGCAGAAAAGCCGAUACGGGGAAGAUGUACGCGAUGAAGUGUCUCGAUAAGAAGAGGAUAAAAAUGAAGCAAGGCGAAACGCUAGCGCUGAACGAGAGGAUAAUGUUAUCCUUGGUGAGCACCGGUCAAGACUGUCCCUUUAUAGUAUGUAUGACGUAUGCCUUCCACACGCCCGACAAACUCUGCUUUAUCCUGGACCUGAUGAACGGCGGCGAUCUGCACUACCACCUCUCGCAGCACGGCGUCUUCAACGAGACAGAGAUGAAGUUCUAUGCUGCCGAGGUCAUAUUAGGUUUAGAACAUAUGCAUAGGAGAUAUAUUGUAUAUAGGGAUUUAAAACCUGCAAAUAUACUAUUAGACGAACACGGUCAUGUUCGGAUAUCGGACUUAGGAUUAGCCUGUGAUUUUUCUAAAAAGAAACCCCAUGCUAGCGUAGGAACUCAUGGUUAUAUGGCACCUGAAGUAUUAUCAAAAGGCACUGCGUACGAUUCGAGCGCAGAUUGGUUCAGUUUCGGUUGUAUGUUGUACAAAUUGUUGAAAGGCCAUUCGCCUUUUCGCCAACAUAAGACCAAAGACAAACAUGAGAUCGAUAGGAUGACAUUAACUAUGAACGUAGAAUUACCAGACUCAUUUAGUAAAGAAUUAAAAUCAUUAUUAGAGGGGCUACUGCAAAGGGAUAUAGAUAAGAGAUUGGGCUGUAAAGGACAAGGAUCGGACGAAGUGAAGGAACAUCCAUUUUUUGCCGGAAUUGACUGGCAACAAGUGUACCUGCAAAAAUACACCCCUCCUCUUAUACCCCCUAGAGGAGAGGUAAAUGCGGCUGAUGCUUUUGAUAUUGGUUCUUUUGAUGAAGAGGACACCAAAGGAAUCAAGUUGACAGAUGCGGAUCAAGAACUCUACAAAAACUUCCCCCUUGUGAUAUCAGAACGGUGGCAGAAUGAAGUGGCGGAAACAGUAUUCGAAACUGUGAACUUUGAAGCUGACAAAACAGAGCACAAGAAAAGGGCAAAACAAAAAAAGCUGUAUGACAUAGAUGAAAAAGAAUCGGAUUGCAUUCUCCAUGGCUACGUAAAGAAACUAGGAGGUCCCUGGACUAGCAGCUGGCAGAUGCGAUAUGCGAAACUGUAUCCGAAUCGAUUAGAGUUGCAUCCCGACUCAGCGAAGCCUGAACUUGUAUUCAUGGAUCAAAUCGAGGAAGUCAGCCCGGAAUUAGUGCAAGUUAAGAACGAGAACUGCAUUGUGAUCAGGUUGCGGGACGGCAAGGUCGUUCUCACGAAUCCGGAUGAAAUCGGCCUAAAAGAGUGGCUGACGUCUCUGAAAUCGGCUCACAAGUUAUCGCAAGAGCUACUUGGUUCAAUGGCGAAGAAAGCUGGCAAGAUAUACGGCACAGAUUCCAACAACAGGAAUACCAUCAUAGCCACAAGAAACGCUAAUGGAAACUAACUGAACGUAAAGGAAAUCACUAUUCGAGAAAAGAGAAUAGCAGGGCGUUAAAGGUCCCUUUGAGGAUGACACAUUGCUUGACAGCUCACGCGUAUCCGAUUAUGUAGGCGGAAAAGAAUUGUACAAGUAUUUAUCGUAAAACGGAAUAGUGCGUAAGUUCGUACUGAGGCACAACAAACUGUUCUGUAGGUCUUGUGAAGUAAGGUAGGGGGAAGUGAAUUACCAAGAUGGUUACGCGAUGAGUAACUGAAAGAAACGUAUGUGACUUGUGAUUGACUGUUUACAAAGUGACACUCGUUUUACAAAAUUUUCAUAUCGAAAUGUAAAUGUUUUGACUGUUCACUAGUAAAAAUUCGCAACAAAACUGUGACGUUAUUGUUUUUCAGCGUGACGCACAGUGUUGCAGAAUGUGACUAUACCUUUGUCAUGGAUGUGAGACUUUCGUCAAAUGCUAGUAAACUAACUUUCAUUCUCCUGACGUUGACAGUAGGUUAUGAAAUGUAUGAUUCUCUUUCCAUACCCGAAAGUACAAGUGAAAUUGAGGAUAAACUGCAUCAUCCUUGAAAAAUAGUUAUAAAUAAUUUAGUAAUAACAUAGUGUAUAGGAAUGUGUAAAUGGAAUAAAAAACAAACGAAGUGUCACCUAGAAGUCAAAUAAACAAAAUAUAUUGUAAAAAAUGUCAAUUGUACUUGACGAGACUGAAACGUCUAAUCAUAUUAGACGAAAAUGCCCCUGGUUUGCGAAAUAAUUGGUAAGCCUGGUUUUAUUGAUUCAAGUUGUCCAAAGGGGUAUUCAAAACAUGGACGCAUAAAAUGAGUACUCCAAUUUUUGUGACAAAACUUUUUAUUCGACAACAAAGAAUGAGAAAACGGGGUUUUUCGGGAUUCAAUCGAAAGUGUCGGCAGGAACGAAAAAACUCUUUAUAUAGGAUUUUUAGGUAUUUAUGAGACCUACAAAAUGAGACCACAUGUAAACAGAUCCGACUAACAGCAAAAAGUUAUGGUAGAAAACCGAGGCGAAAUGCAGAUUUUGGCACUUGUUGGUAAUGCGACGAUGGUUUCUCGCAGAUAUUUGAAAUUUUUCAAAUUCGUAGCAUUGGUACUUCUGAAUAACCACAGCAAAAUUGGAGCAGAUUGGUGGAGUAGUUUCUCAGAAUUUCUAAUUGUUUAUCAAACCAUUCCGAAAGAUAAACGUUAUUUUUAUGCAAAAAACAAAGGUUACGUUUUUUUUUUCCUCUAAACAAUUUUGUAAGUAAUUGAACAAAUGCGCUACGAUAUUCGAAAAACUUUUGCUACUGUACACAUUUUAAAGCUUCAACGGACGGUGGGCGAUAAUAUAAUAUAUAUUAUAGUCGUACGAUACGCUAUAAUAUUAUAUUAUAUUAUGACUGCAACGGACUACAGAAUAUAUAUUUUCAUAUUUUUCUAGCAGUGGUGCCGAACCUACCGAUUUUUCAGCAUUUCUGUGCAUAGGCUGAUCUGCUGAUCUGUGCUGUACACAGUGUAUUUAAUUAACAAGGUAUUCCCCAUAUGUUAAUCUGCCGCGCUUGUCUAAAUCCUAAAACCCCUCUUGGGUUUCCCUUUCAAACUACCUAUGUAUAUUAUACCUAAAGACUUAAAAGAUUUACGUUUCGGAAAUUGUUUCAAAAGAAAUUUAAAAAAGUGGCUACAUUCUAUAUCUAGGACUGAAAUUCAUAAACUCAUAAAUACGAACAUCAACUAAAUACAUAAUCUACUGUAGCUAAUAUUUGUCCUUUUUUGUCAUUUGCAUUCUACAGUUUCAACUUGAAUUAUUGGUCCAUGUACAGGCGAUGCCUUCUAUUGGGCCUGUUUUGAUUUUGUAUUUAUUUACUCAUAUUGUUUGUUAUCUUUGUACAUUGAGUGAAUAAAAUAUUAUUAUAUAAAAAUAAAUAUUUAGAAGUUCAUACCGUCGGAUAUAUCGCAAUCAGCUGCUUCUUUAAUCUAAUUAUUUUCAUACUCGAUCGAAUCUACCUUCCAUAAACAUGGAUGUUUUCUUACACUUUCAAUAAAAUACUCCAUUGUGUCUAUUGCGAAUUCCGAAGUGCAAGAACAAAUAAUAAAAUAGCAACAUCCCGCCAAGCCGGCUGCCAGCAAGAACGGUUCGUUGGUAUUUUCGGGUGACGCGACGCAAGAGGGGAAUAGAUAUAGCGCAAAUAUCGCUCGGUAAGCAUAUCCCGAUAGAUACGUAAUAUAUCGUCUCAAUAGGUUUACACAUGGAGCGAUAUUUCUGUAAUGUGGAGGAUAGAAUAUAUAUAUUAUAUUAUCGCUCACCGUCCGUUGCCAGUUUAAAACAAAGCGAAUGUGUUGCGAAUUACAAAUACGAAAUGUUUGAAUUUGUUUAGAAGUAAAAAACGUAACCUUUGCUUUUCACAUAAAAAUAACAUUUAUCUUUAGGAAUGGGUUGUGUCUCAUAUCGGCAAGGUAAACACGUGUAUUUUGCUGUUAAAUGCUCUAUUAACGAACCCUGUAUAUUGCCCAAUAAACUAGUAGCGAUGGCCGGAAAACAGGUGUUUUGGGAUAAACAAUUAGAAAUUCUCAAAAAACUACUUGACCAAUCUACUCCAAUUUUGUUGUGGUUAUUUAGAAGUACGAAUGCUACGAAUUUGAAGAAUUUCAAGCUUCUGCGAGAAACCAUCGGCGCAUUACCAAGUGCCAAAACCUGCAGUUUGCCUCGGUUUUCGGCCAUAACUUUUUUUGCUAUGAGUCGGAUCUUUUUACAUGUGGUUUCAUUCUGUAGGUCUCAUAAAUACCUAAAAAUCUUCUAUGAAGAGUUUUUUCGUUCCUGCCAACACUUUCGAUUGAGUCUCAAAAAACACGUUUUCUCAUUCUUUCUUGUCGGAUAAAAAGUUUUCCCACAAAAAUUGGUGUAACCAUUUUAUGCGUCCAUGUUUUAAAUAACCCCCUUGAAUAACUUGCAGCAAUAAAACCAGACUUUACAAUUAUUUCGCUAACCAGCGGUAUUUUCGUCUAAUAUGAUUAGACUAUAACACCUGUCGUCCAUCAACCAGAAUGAUCUGCAGUCAAAUCUGAUCUUCAAAUAUGUUAAAAAUAAUACAAUUUUGAGUUCAUAAAUCGACCUUUACGUAUGCGGUAUUUGUGAUUUCCAAAAGUAUCUAUUAUUCUGGUUUUCAACCACUGUUGUUCAAAGAAAUGAUUAGUCACAUACGUUUUCUUGAAUCUAAUUAUAUUAACUGCUAUUGUAUGAUCAGCUGCAUAGAACAAUCAAUUUAGAGCCUUGUGUAUAAUUGAGGCGCAUACUUAGAGAAAGUAUAUUUUUAUAUGGGUUUUGGAUGAUUCGAAAUAUUCGUGUAAUAGCGAACUAAAUUUGGUGUUACAUAAGCGAUGUCAAUUUAUUUAUCAUUUUUGACCAUUGUCGAAAGUAAAUGUGGAUAUUAGAGUAUUUAGAAUUAUAACAGGCUCUAGGCCGUAGUUGACUGACAUAUUUUUAAGGAAAAUCAAAAUGCGGCAUGUUUAUAGCUGAUAUGUAUUAUAAAGCUCUGUAGAGGGUGUUCCAGAAUGUGUGAUCAACGCCACAGAUUCUCAUAGAAUACAAAAAAUGUGCCAUGAUCCUAUGAAAAAUAUCUUACAGUGCUCCUUUACAGAGAUAUAGACCCCCUGAAAACACCACUGAGCUUAGGUUUCUCUUGAAUAACAAAAUGAUCAGCAGGGGUACUACCUAAAAAAUCGAUAUAAUGUCAGUAAAAACGUCAACUUGUGUUCUAGCUAGUCACUAGUCCAAACCACCGCGCAUUUGAUAGUUUGCGAGAUACAGGGUGUCAAAGUGACAAUUUUAUUUUUAUUUUUCCUUAUUGCUUGAGAAGUAUUUCAGAUUUUGGCCUAAAGCUCGGUAUAGAGAGGUUUUCCAGUAUGAGAAACAAGAUUCCGUUAUUUUUUAUGGCCAAACUUCUAGAGAUCGCCACUUACAGCACUAUUUCGAUAAAUAACUUAUCAUAACUUUUUUGUGCUACCCUGUAUACAACAACUGACCGAAAAAUCUUGUUUUCUCGUGUUUCCACAACAGACAACGUUUACUUCUUAGAAGAUAUUUGUUUUUAAUAGUUCCAAUGCAUAAUUUGUAACUUGAUGAUAAAAUAUUUUUAUAAUAUAAUAAUCAAGUUGCUUUGGAUAAUAUCUGAGUAGUGUUGCUAUGGUUUUUCACAAUAACAAAUGAGGAUGGCAGCAAAACUAAUAAACGGAAAUAAUAGCUACAAAAAUUGUUCAAAAUGAGCACCAUCUUGCCUAACACACUAAGAGCUCGAGGUGCACUCUCCAUAGCAUUUGGAUGUUAUUUUUCAUUUCCUGUCUGUGGAAAACUCUUUGUCGAAGAUCAUCUACAGUUUCCACUGGCGUAUUCGCGUCGUUUUAAAUCACCCCAGAAGAAGAAAUCCAUAGGAUUUCAAUCUGGUGAUCUAGCCGGCCACGAUACAGGUCCUGAUCGGCCUAUCCACUGGUCUGGAUAAACUCUAUUUAGGUGUUCUCUAACUAAAAUACUAAAAUGAUGUGGGGCGCCUUCGUGCAUAAACCACAUCUUCUUGCGUGUUUGUAAUGGAAGAUCUUCCAUCAGAGUGGGUAAUUGUUCUUCAAAAUUGUACAUGCCUUUGACCAUUUAUUCUAGGUGGUAACUCAACGGGCCCUAUUAGAUAUUGUCCAAUUAUUCCUGCCCAUAAAUUAAUUUGAAAUUGUACUUGGUGGCGGGUUUUUAUUAUUGCAUGAGGAUUUUCGUCUGCAUAAAUGUGAAGAUUAUACGAGUUAAUGGGCCCACCCCUUCCAAAUCCUGCUUUGUCCGAAAAUAACGUUAACGAAGUAAAACCAUUGUCGUGGUUAAACUUCCUUAUGAGCUAUGUACAAAAUUCUAUCCUUGCGGGUUCAUCAUCCACGCUCAAACCAUGUACUUUUUGCAGGUGGUAUGGAUGGACCAGUUGCUCUUGAACAAUGGUAUUUACUAACUUGAAAUUCUCGAGCUGCAUUCCUAAUCCCAACUGUAGGAUUUUCAAAGUACAGCAUCUAAAACAUUUUCUUCAACUUCAGCUGUAUGUACAGUUCUGGGAGCUCCACUAUGUCGGCCCAUAUUUUGAGCAAAACUACCUAAAAUCCAAAUGGUUUUUACUACUCAAAAUAAGGCUAUAAUCAUUUCUUACCAGUUUCUCGUAACCGCUGAUCGAUUCGUUGGAAAGUAUUUGAAUUAGGCAGGUGUCUAUUAGGGAAUCUGUAGCUUACAUCUUCAUGCUUUAAAGCAAUAUUAUUACAAACAUUAGAAACCAUAGCAACGCUACUCAGAUAUUAUCCAAAGCAACUUGAUUAUUAUGUUAUAAAAAUGUUUUAUCAUCACGCUACAAAUAAUGCAUUGGAACUUUAAAAAAGAAAUAUCUCGAAAACUAUUAGCUUCAGACACUUCUAACAAGUAAACAUUUCAUGUUGUGGAUUUUGCAUAUAAGCAAAAUACAUUUAACCUAAAAGCUGCACGUUUUGUCGUACCCUUUUUACAUCAACCAUUUCUCCACGAACUUAUGCAGAUGAACUUCUUCAAGGUCAUGGUGAUUUUGGAGUAUUUCCAUCGAUUAACAAAUUCAUAGAUUAUCUGACAGCACACAACAGUGCCAACCACUCAACAAAUUCUUGCUUGAAACAUUCUUUGAGAUUUAAUAUUCAUUGUGGUUUUUAUUUUGAACCAUAUCUAACAAACUGUUGAAUUAUGUAGUUCUUUCGAAGUUCUAUACUUGAAAAGAUGUUUAUUAUAAUGUAAAGGAGAACAAUAUUGGCACCAUGGAGUUACGUUCAACUUUGCACAAAAUUGUAUAUUAGAACAGGAUCUUAUUGCAUGAAAACAUCCACGAACAAGUUCAUGAAUUCAUUUGACGUCAAAUUCUUGCCGUAUACAUUUGAAAUUUGACCAUGAAGAUGUAGAAAUUCAUGUAUUUGUCAAAGUAAGACGGGUAUUGUUAAUACAGUUGGGAUAAGUGGGGAAAAAGAUAUUUUACCUCAGUUAAAAUCACGUGCAAUAAACUGAGCCAACUGAGGUUGUGUGUAAAACCAACGUAACUUUUAUUUUUAUAUUCGCUACGUAUAUAACACUACGCCGUUCAAAAUUUAUUCGAGGAAAACCUAUUUCCAGUACCGUCCUUUGGGGACCUGUUUCUCCCAGGGUUGCUUCUUGAUACAUUUUAUAAAAGGAUUUCUCACAUUUUUUCUGUAUUCUACGUGAAUCUGGCAGAUAGACACGAUUUUGGCACACGCUGUAUGCUACAAAUAUCAACAGAUUUAUAAUGUUAUAUAAAUAGGUAUUUAGGUGAUUACCAAAGGGAUCAUUGAUUAAUCCUCAGAUGAACUGAGGUAAGCUAUGAAUUUUAUUGGAGGAUAUGUCAUAUAUGUUAAUAUCAUACGUUGUUUGUGCGUUUUUUAUGUAAAAGUAUUACAUUGAAACUUGUGUAAGAUUUUAUCCAAUUCAUUGUGAUUUGAGAUGAAUGGUUGGAUCUUUGAAUUAAUAUUAUUGUAUUUACUCAGAAUAACAAAGCAUACAGUGCCACUUAUUUUUUGAACUGGUCAAGUUAACAAUCUGAAUUCAGGGGGUGAUAUUGAUGUAUGAAUACUAUAUUUCAGCAUAAAAGAGGCAGUUGAGAAUUUGAAAAUGGCUUUUCAUGGCCUUAGUACAUAUUUCAAAAAAUAGUUUAUAAUGCAUUUUUUCUACCGCAUUUAUUAUAUUGUUUAACUAUCUUGUUCUGACAACGAAACUGUGUUCUGAAAAUCACAAGUUCUGCAUAAUAAAGCUAUGAGAAUAAUACUGGAUAAAAAUAAGUACACCAAAAUAAAAU